UCUCAAAAACGUUUGUCAAUUUCUUGUGUGGAUGGGGGAGGGAGAAAGGAGAACGUAAAAGAAGGAAGACACGAAAUUAACACAAAAGGAUUUGGUUGGUUUGCUUUUAAAAUGCUAAAUGACAGAUGAAUACGGGUAAAAAGGCGUGACACCCGUAUAUAUUUAUUUCAAUUUACUCCGGAUCUCAUCAUCUCAAAGCUUCACAUCGAUGGAGGGCUCGUCUAAAAAUAAUAAGCGAAAAAAAAUAGAUGAGCAUAUGAAGAAAAACAAGAAGAGACAUGUGAUCAACAAUAGUAUUAACUUAAAUCCUGAGGAAAAGAUGAUACGCGAAAGAACUGAGAAAUCCGGGCAGGAGAGUUUCGGAGUGUUUGAGUUUCCGUGGAUGAAAGAUAGCAUGAUCUCCACCUCCCUUGAUUGGAGUCUACCGGGAUCUCCUUUUCCGUUCAUAGAUGAUGGAAAUGACAUGUUUGAAGGGAGUAGUGAACUGAGGUUGCCAGUGAAAAGGUUUAGUAAUGAUAUGUUGGAGUUUGAGGCAUUUGAAUUCAUUUGGACUUCUAUUUACGAUUAGACUGAAAUUUUUUUUUUAACGUUGUACUAAGAACAGCGUUGAGGCUGUCCAGAACCAAACAAGAUUUCUGAGGAUUUUUUUAUUUCUUUUCUAUUUCGUUUCUAUCGUGUUUGUUGAUAUGUAAAAGAGAGUAUAUAGGAUUUAGUGAUUAAUAAACAAGUGCAUUAAUCAUAUUCGGCAAAGAUAAUUGUAACACCCGUAUUUUUCGAAAUAAUUUAAAUAAAUAAAAAAUCUGAAAUCUUCAUUUAUUACUUUUCAAAAGUCAACUCCAAAAUCGUAAAUCCAAUAAAUAGUCAUCAAUUAAAAUAACAUAAUAAAUCCCGAAAAUAUCGAUAAAAGCAUAAAAUCCGAAAAUCUGAAAAAGACAGAAAUAAAACUCCCAAAGCACCAGUCCGAUAGCAAUCACUCCUGCUCGUCAGUCUCACCUGAACGGGAAAGGAAUAGGAGGGGUGAGUAACAGGGGAGUUACUCCGUGAGGUAUGGGAUGCUAAAUACGCAAACCACUGACUUGAGUAAUAGAACUCCCACUAUAGAAGUUUAGCUCUAACUGAUCUUCAUGGUGUUCUUCAUUGCCACCUUCAUCUACCACGUGUGUCCCACUUUGAUCAGGAUGAUCCAAGUCUUGAUUAUCAGCAUCAUUUCUGUUCCCUCCCUCAUGAUCAAUAUGGGGCUGUUCUUCAGCUUCGUGUACUCCUGAUGAGUGCUCCUAUUGCUGAUCCCGGGAUACACCAAUCCCAAGUCCUUCCAGUAUAUGUCUCAAGCAUGUAGCUCGAUAUGAUGGACACGAAAGAUCCUUCAAUUCUUUCCAUUCUUUUUCCUCAUAAUAGCUCUUCUCUUCAAAGAACAUGACAUCUCUAGAUACAAGUACCCUCCUGGUCUCUGCAUUGAAGCACUUGUAUCCUUUUUGUGUAGUUGAGUACCCAAUCAUCAUAGCCCUCACACUCCUAGCUUCAAGCUUGUUUCUUGUCUCUCCCAGAACCAGAACAAAGCUUACACAUCCAAAUACCCUCAAAUGAUCUAAAAUUGGCUUGCUCUUGUUUAGAACUUCAUAAGGUGGCUGAUCCUCCAAGACUCUGGUUGGUAUCCUAUUUAUCAGAUAACAAGUAGUAAUCAUAGCAUCACUCCAGAAUCUCUUUCCCACACUCAUUUGAAAUAUCAUCGACCUUGCCACCUCCAUAAGAUGCCGGUUCUUUCUCUCGGCAACUCCAUUCUGUCGAGGAGUGUAAAGACAACUUGUCUGAUGAAGGAUUCCAUGUUGAGCUAGGUGAUUCCUUAAUGCAUGGCCAAUAUACUCUCCACCAUUAUCAGACCUGAA